UACUGCAGGACCAGUGCAGGUACUGUACUACUGCUACUCUGUUCACUGUCUACAGCUGCUGUCAACAGCCAUUACUCGGCUCAGACAUCUCAACAAGUGCUCAUACAACCAUCAUUGCUGCUGCCAGGAAAUUGCCCUUUGCUUCUCAGCUACUGCUACAGGCCGCAUCGCUUCAGACUCAAGUCUUCCGUUCAUUGUGUCUGAUGAGCACCGAGACACUCAAGCGUGCAGCAUCGCCUGCUCCACGACAGGCAGAGGGAAGUAGUACACGGAUUCGCACCAAGAAACAGAAAGGAGCUAAAAAGGCCAAGGCUGGGUCUGCUGGCGACGAAGUUCUCAUCAAGGACAUUGCCCGCAUGAGGAAGCAGGCCCAGCCCAAUACCAAUGUAACUCCUGAAAAGCUGGUAACAUUUGAGGUUGAGGUCGUCUGUCUCAACUCGACUGGAGAUGGGCUCGGUCUCUGUGGCGAGUAUGCAGUCAUUGUACCCUUCUCCCUUCCGGGCGAAUGCGUCAAGGCCAAGCCAUACUUUAUCAAUGAAGUAGACAAGAUUAUACUAUGCGACAUGGUUGAAGUUCUGAGCAAGUCAUCCAGGCGAGACGAUUCUUUGGUCCAGUGCAAGUACUUUGGCAAAUGCUCGGGCUGCCAAUUCCAACAACUACCCUAUGCUGCACAACUAGAGCACAAACGGCAAGUUGUUGUCCACGCCUACGAAGACUUUUGCGAUCUGGAGCCCUCCCUCAUACCAAUCGUUGGGGAGACAAUGGCAUCUCCAUUGCAGUACGGCUAUCGCACCAAAAUUACACCUCACUUUGACCAGCCACGGAAAGGUUUUGCGCCUGGACAAGUACCAGAAAUUGGUUUCAACGAAAAAGGCCGGCGAAAGGUGUUGGACAUUGAAGAAUGCCCAAUUGCCACGCCCGCCCUCAAUCGGGGGCUGAACGCAGAGCGCAAGCGUGUCUUGGGCAAUCUAUCAGCAUUCAAGAGAGGAGCAACAUUGCUCUUGAGAGAGACAACAAUGAAAUCAGAAGAGGGCUUAACACACGACUAUGUAACGGAUUCCAAAAAGAUAAUUACGGAAAUCAUUGGAGACAAGCAGUUUGAAUCUCCUGCUGGCGCCUUUUUCCAAAACAACAACAGUAUCAUGCCCCGACUCACAAGCUAUGUGCGUGAGCAACUGCAGUCUUCCGCCAAAUAUCUGAUUGACGCGUACUGUGGCUCUGGUUUGUUUAGCAUCACUUGCAGCGAGGGACUCAGUGCAGUCAAUGGCGUGGAGAUUUCGCAAGACAGUAUUGCAUGGGCAAAGAAGAAUGCAGAAGCCAAUAAUGUAAACAAUGCCGAGUUUCUGGCUGGCAGUGCUGAGCUCUUGUUUAAGCAAAUCACCUUUCCUGCAGCGGAGACGGCGAUGAUUGUGGAUCCGCCGAGAAAGGGAUGCGACGAAGUGUUCCUCAACCAGCUCCUCGACUACUCUCCAAAAGUUGUGGUCUAUGUCUCUUGCUGCGUACAGACUCAGGCCAGAGAUGUUGGAUUCAUCUUGGGCCACGACAAGGGCAAGGACUAUGUGCUCGAAUCUGUGAGAGGAUUUGACCUAUUCCCAAAUACCUACCACGUCGAAUCUGUUGCGGUUCUUCGCAAGCGUCCCGCUGCAUAGUAAGCAUGGUAUCACAUAGUAUAUUACAGAGCAUUCACUGUAGGCCACAAGACCAAGGUCGAGCUA